CGAGUACCGACUGUUGAUUUCGUGAAUCCUUUUAAUGCAGCCUCGUAGAACGCCAAUGUUCGCUUCACCUCCCAAUUGCAGUUCACACUUGUGUGUAUGCUAGCAAAAUGGCUUCCCGCCUUCCUCUGAUUAAAACUGCAUGUAUAUCUGUAUAAAUGCGGCACAAUCCCCUGUACUGAUCAGCGAUCACCCAAGCAACUUCUCGGCUCUCUCCCUCGGAGAAGAUGGGGUUUCUGCCGGGCGACGACGACGGGCCGGCGGUCGGCAUCGACCUCGGGACGACGUACUCGUGCGUGGCCGUGUGGCGGCGCGGCCGCGUGGAGGUGAUCCCCAACGACCAGGGCAACCUCACCACGCCGUCCUGCGUCGCCUUCACCGACACCUGGCGCCUCAUCGGCGACGCCGCCUUGAACCAGGCCGCCAUGAAUCCCCUCAACACCAUCUUCGAUGCGAAGCGAUUGAUCGGCCGGCGAUUCAGCGACGUGUCCGUGCAGGGAGAUAUCAAGCUAUGGCCUUUCAAGGUCACCUCCGGCAAGGACGACCGGCCGAUGAUCGUGGUGCAGUACAGGGGCGAGGAGAAGGAGUUCUCCGCCGAGGAGAUCUCCGCCAUGGUGCUCUUCAAGAUGAAGGAGACCGCCGAGGCCUACCUCGACAAGACGGUCGAGAAGGCCGUCAUCACCGUGCCGGUCUACUUCAACGACUCCCAGCGCCAGGCCACCAUGGACGCCGGCGCCGUCGCCGGCCUCGACGUCCUGCGCAUCAUCAACGAGCCCACCGCCGCCGCCGUCGCCUACGGCCUCGACAAGGUGGUCGGCAGCAGCGACAAGAAGAAGAGAGUGCUGAUAUUUGACCUCGGCGGCGGCACCCUGGACGUGUCCGUCCUCAACAUCGACCCCGGGGUGGACAUCGACAUAGGCAUCUUCGAGGUGAAGGCCACCGCCGGCGACACCCACCUCGGCGGCGAGGAUUUCAAUGGCAGGAUGGUGAAGCACCUGGUUCGGGAGUUCCUGAGGAAGUACAAGAGGCCGGAGAUCAGGGGCGACCAGAGGGCGCUCCGGCGGCUGAGGACGGCGUGCGAGAAGGCGAAGAGGAUGCUGUCCUCCACGGCGCAGACCACCAUCGAGAUCGACUCGCUCCACGGCGGCGUCGACUUCCACGCGACCGUCACACGGGCCAAGUUCGAGGAGCUCAACAUGGACCUCUUCCUCGAGUGCAUGGACACCGUCAAGCAGUGCCUCCGCGACGCCGGGACGGACAAGGGCACCGUCGACGACGUCGUGCUCGUCGGAGGCUCCACCCGCAUCCCCAAGGUGCGGAGCCUGCUCCAGGACCUGUUCGACGGCAAGGCGCUCUGCAGGAGCAUCAACCCCGACGAGGCCGUCGCGCACGGCGCCGCCGUCAAGGCCGCCCUCCUCAACGGCGACGCCAACGAGAAGGACCUUCGCGACGUGGUCCUUCUCGACGUCACGCCGCUGUCGCUCGGGAUAGAGGUAUUCGGUGGCGGGAUGUCGGUGUUGAUCCCGAGGAACACCACCAUCCCCGUAAGCAGGCAGAAAAUGUACACUACCCACUACGACAACGAGACCGCCGUGCUCAUCAACGUGAACGAGGGCGAAGGCCGAAGAACCAAGGAUAACAACCCGCUCGGCAAGUUUGUUCUCACCGGCAUCCCACCGGCGCCGAGGGGCGUGCCCCAGAUCAACGUCACCUUCAGCAUUGAUUAUAACGGCAUCAUGAACGUGUCCGCGGAGGACAAGACGACGGGACGCAGCAACAGCAUCACCAUCAAGAGCGACAAGGGGAGGCUGAGCAAGGAGGAGAUCGAGAGGAUGGUGAAGAAGGCCGAGAAGUACAAGGCCGAGGAUGAGGAGGAGAUGAAGAAAGCUGAAGGCUAUGUGGCACCCUAAAGAGAACUAUAUUUCUUCUGCGUCUUCUGAUCAUGCACGGGCAUAUGUAUGGCCCUAACAUGUGCCUUGUUUAUGCUGGAAGUUGGAACCAUGGCUUAGUUGGUGAUAUGGUGGGAGCAUAUUAUUGAAUGCCUUGCAUAUUCCAAAUUUGGGAGUAUUUGUU